AUGAUCUGGAGCAUAGCAAAACGCUUCCUGAUUGCAACAAAAACCCCUAUCAAUAUGGUUCAAUGUCCUAGACAUUGCAAGGACCUUCCCAAGGACAACGUUGAAGACACUGAGCACACAUAUCCAGGUUUAGAGAACAUAACAGUGAUUUUGAUGCUGAAAGGCAACCUCAUUGUUCCAGUAAGCUCAUAUUCGUCUAACAAAGUCCUUACCAUUGUCCCAAAGUGCAAGUCCUUGUCCCUUAUGGGCUUAAGGCAAAACCAAUCACAAUCCAGUGAUAAGUCCACAUCUAUUGCAGGCUGGUGGCACACUGAUGAUCUACCAGGACUUACAUUUGCAUAG